GCCUAGCGGCGGGGCGCGGCGGGCUCCCUCGGGGUCCGGGCUGGCGGACAGUAGGCGGUCACGGCGCGAUGGAGUCGCCGCUCGAAUUGCUGGCCGCGCUCCCCGCGCUGGUCACGGCGCUGGCGCUGCUGCUCGCCUGGCUGCUGCUGCGGCGUGGAGCGGCCCCCGCCCCAGCCCCGGCUCCGGCCCCGGAGAGCACCACCCCGGCCGAGGCCCCCGGGGCUCCCGCGCCGCCGGAGCCUCCCGAGCCCUGCUCCCCGGAGCCCGCACCGGCGGGGCCGUGCCAGUCCGAGCGCGUGGCGGAGCCGGGGGAGUCCGAGGCGGAGGAGCCAGCGGCCGAGGGGAGACAGGAUGAAGACUCAGACAGUGAGAUGGGGCCACCCACGGAAGAAGCUGAGGAUGAAGAUGGAGAAGCCUUCUCCUUUAAGUACAGCCCUGGGCAGCUGAGGGGAAGCCAGUACAAGAAGAUGAUGACCAAAGAAGAACUGGAGGAGGAACAGAGAGUUCAGAAAGAACAGCUGGCCGCCAUCUUCAAGCUCAUGAAGGACAACAAGGACACCUUUGGCGAGAUGUCGGAUGGGGACAUGCAGGAGCAACUCCGACUCUAUGACAUGUAGGCCUGUCACCCGGCAAGACGUGACCCAGGACAUCCUGACGACCCUGAGGGACUUGGUCCGGGCAGUUGUGACUCUCAGACUGUCUUAUAAAAACAGAUAGCCCUAUGUCAUGUAAGGGUCGGCUUGGUCCCUGCAGUUUAUAUAUCAUGUCCGAGUCAGAGGAGUCAGCAUCAUUUCUUCAGAGGAGGAAACCCCUGAUUCCCUCCGGCUUCAGCUUGCUGGUGAAGGUCCAGCCGUGUUGACAGACUCAGGGUGGGUGGGCCAGGAGAGAUGAUGAGGCUUGGUGUUUGGAGCCUAAGUGCUCCGUGUAGACAAAAUACAGGAUGCUAUAGGGGGAUAGCCAUUAUCUAGUAACACCACACUCUUCAUUCUGCCCUAGGAGUAUUUCUGGAAGCAUCUUGCGUGUUGACUGAGGUAAAUAGCAGGGGAACAAUAUUUUAGCAAAAGACUGAGUGAAAGGCUCAGCCGUCACCCUGGGGCAGAGCAAGGUGGUCUCUUCAGUACAGUCACACCUUGAGCUUGUUUGACACAGCAGGAGCCCUGCGAAGAGCACGUGUGUCCUAAGUUCAAGGCCCCUGAGUUCCGUCCCCAGCACCAGACGCCCUCCUCCCACACCCCACCCCAGCCCAAAAAGACGACGCGAUCGGUCCCUUUGGUGAGACCAACAGCCUUUGGAGAAUGAGAAACUACCAGAAGGCGGUCGAGAGAGCGUCCCGGGGUCCUUUAGAAUAAGUGCCGAGGUAGACAGCUCAGGGACGAUGGGGGUGGGGCCCACAGCAGCCCCUUCAUGCCCACAUUCACCCCACUUGUCAGCAAGUUCAUAGCCUGAACAGACUGAAUCAAGAGUAUCCUAGGGACAGAAGGAAGAAAGUCUUUUUGCUUUUGUUUUUGUUUUUUGUUUGGUCUUUCUGAGACAGGGUUUCUCUGUGUAGCUCUGGCUGUCCUGGAACUCACUCUGUAGACCAGGCUGGCCUCAAAAUCUGCCAGCCUCUGCCUCCGAAGAGCUGGGAUUAAAGGCGUGCGCCACCACUGCCCGGCUAGCUUUUUUUUUUUUUUUUUUUUUUUUUUUUCUUUUUCCAGACAGGGUUUCUCUGGGUAGCCCUGGCUGUCCUGGAACUUGCUCUGUAGACCAGGCUGGUCUGGAACUCACAGAGAUCCAACUGCAUCUGCCUGCCAGUACUGGGAUUAAAGCCUUGUGCCACCACUGCCUGGCCAGUGGGAAAGAUCUUAAGGUCCGUUUUUAUUUGCUAAAAUAAAACUAAAUUGAUAGAGA